ACAGAUGGAAACACCUCUUGUCAAAUUCCCGUCCCAAGACGAAUACGCCCGUCGGCUGGAGAAAGGCACUCUGAUUGAGAUGCACAACGAAAUGUCCCAAUUAAAGAAGCUCAACGAUCGUGGUGAUAGCUACCCAGCGUGGAUAGUCGCACCCAUCCCCGGAUGCCAGACGUCCUUUUCUACAUCCUGGUUGUUGUUAGUCAAGAGUCCUUCUCUGUCGACGACCGUGACAUUCCCGACCGUGGCAGAUCGGGUUCACAUCGACAUUGACGCCAGCAUUGUGCUGCCACAGGGGACCUACACGCUAUACCAUCUUCCAGCGACUCGUAUCCCCAACCCUUACGAGGAUGUCGCUGAGUGCGAGGGAAAGGCUAUACAGAGGCUUGCUGCUUUCAAAGUAGACGUCCCACGCUGCCAAUCUACUGAAGACGGUGAACAAGUCCAGCUCGACUUGAUGUCGCAUCUCAAAAUUGCAGAUGCUGUAGGAGACUUUUCUGGCAUCACGCUAGAUCAGGCCAACCAGAAGAACAUCUCCAUACGUUGGGAGGUCGCCAGUCAGACAUUUGAGGCCGAACUCGAAGCCCUCUAUGCUUUCAUCACUCCGAAACGAUAUAAAGAUCAAAACGGACCUAGUUACAAAGCGAGGCUUGCAUUCGGUAUGCUCCAGAAGUUCUGCGCCGCAGAUUUCGAGAUUUCGAAUCUUCUCAGGAAGUAUCCCCCUCUUGCCAACCCGAGCAAUCCUGCCUACAAAAUCUCACCAAUCUUCUUGGAGAAGUUUGCCAAAUUCAACCAGGAUCACGUGGCGGCCUACGAGGGGCUUGGUCACAUCAAGAAUGGUAUCUACUUUGUGAACGGAUGCCCUGGAGCUGGCAAGACGGAGUGGAACAUGGUCAUUUCAGGGCUUAUCCAGUCACAUCAUUCAUCUGCCCAAAAGCGAAUCCGCCAUCAGAUUCUGUUUCUUGUUGAUAUCAACCAGACAGUCUCGGACGCUGCUGACAGAUAUCACUGUCUCUGUCAAAAGGCAGGCCUUGAUGUUCGAAUUAUACGGAUGCACGGUUGGCCAUAUGAGAUGCGCCAUUCUGAAAGAUUGAACCAAACUGGCAGCCAGGGUAAGACCAGCAAGCCUGUCGAUGUUGACGCUACAACCGACUUUACCAAAAGCUUCUUGACCACAGUCGGCUUAACUCAUCACGCGAAUCUGGAAAGAGAUCCCAGGCGUGCCCCUAACCUCGACGAGGCCGCUUGGGACUAUUAUGAGAAACACAAGCAUGAUAACUACCCAGGCUUGGCUAAAUUUCUCGGCCGCAUUGACGGAGGCGACGUGCUGGAUAGCGAAGAUUGGAGGCAGCUGCGUGGCUCCGUUACCAAACUGUAUCGCGACGUCUUACGUGCAGCCGAUUUUGUUGCCACAACUCCUGUAGCGGCGUCUGGUAGUUUUGCCAAGCUUUUUCGCCCCGAGAUUGUCUUUGUGGACGAGGCACCACAUGCGCGAGAAUUAACGACUCUCAUUCCUUUGGCGUAUUUCAACCCCGUGGCAUGGAUCUUCACUGGCGACGUGAAGCAGACGCGUCCUUUUGUCGACAGCAGCGGCAUCAGCGAGAGAAAGGCGCUGGAGAAGGGACUGAAGUUCAACCCCUAUGCCGAACAGCUACGGCUGAGUACGAUGGCACGAGCGGAGGCUGCAAGUGCCCUCGACCAGAAGCUACUAGUCAAUAAUCGGGCAUAUGGCAAUCUGCAUCGCCUCCCAUCGGACAUGUUUUAUGACGGCGAGAUGAGCUCGGGGCACGUCAAGGAGAACAGGUAUCCGCCGAGCACCAUGCAUCUGAAGAAACAUUUGGAGAAGCUCUCGGGAAGCCGCAACAUGGAGGAGAACCGGUUGGUAGUGAGCUUUGCACAAAGUGCUGAGGAGUUUCACCGUAACAGCUUCUGGAAUCCCAUGCAGCAUGCUUGGGUGGCGGAGCAAGUAAAGUGCCUGCUGAAGGAUGACGAGUUCCGGAGUCUCUCAGGAGAGCCCGGAACCAUCAUGAUCCAGACACCGUAUAGCACUGCCUACCGCCAAUACCUUGGAGAAGUCAAGCAGUGGCCCCCCGAGUGGCAAAGCCGAAUUCAAGUGUUGACUGUCGACAAAGCACAAGGAAACCAAGCCGAUGUUGUUUUUCUUGACAUGGUACGAACAUCGUCGGUGGGAUUCAUGGAUGAUCCACAAAGACUCAACGUUGCUAUUACGCAAGCCAGGCAAGCAGAGGUCAUUGUCAUGCAUGUCCGGAUGAAUUAUCGGCAGGCCAAGGGAUGCCGGCGGACACAAUUCACUACGCAAAUUUGGGGCGAUGCACAUAUGCACAGACGCCUACUUCACCUGCGAGGAUGA